AUGGGGGCCAGGCAGGAGAAGGACACGGAGGAGCGGUACGUGAAGCCUCGCUCCUCCCGCCGGCCCUGGGCGGGGAUGCCUGGAUCUCCACAGAACACAGCUCCCGGCCCACGAGGGCCCCCAGGUCCGCCAGGAGUGCCGGGAGCGGAUGGCAUUGAUGGUGACAAAGGCUCUCCCGGAGCCCCCGGCUCCCCGGGUGCCAAAGGGGAGCCCGGAGCCCCGGGUCCGGAUGGGCCCCCAGGGAAGCCAGGCUUAGACGGUCUUACAGGAGCCAAAGGGGAGCCAGGGCCCAUGGGGGGGGCAGGAGUAAAGGGUCAGCCCGGACUGCCGGGGCCGCCAGGGCUCCCAGGCCCCUCGCUGCCAGGACCACCUGGGCUGCCAGGCCAGGUCGGACUGCCCGGGGAGAUUGGAGUGCCAGGACCCAAGGGCGACCCUGGACCCGAUGGCCCACGGGGCCCCCCAGGCCCCCCAGGGAAACCCGGCCCCCCAGGACACAUCCAAGGAGUGGAGGGAAGCGCAGAUUUCUUGUGCCCGACCAACUGCCCACCAGGUCCCAAGGGCCCCCAAGGACUGCAAGGACUGAAGGGACACAGAGGUCGGCCCGGUGCCUUGGGGGAGCCUGGCCAGCAGGGCAAACAGGGCCCCAAGGGUGACGUCGGUGUCUCCGGAGAGCAAGGUGUCCCAGGCCCUCCAGGGCCGCAGGGCCAGCGGGGGUAUCCAGGGAUGGCAGGACCCAAAGGCGAGACGGGUCCUACUGGCUACAAGGGGAUGGUGGGGACCGUUGGUGAGGCCGGGCGCCGGUGAGUGUCCCAGGCUGUCCCAGGAAGGGAAGGCCCUAAGGGACCUCCAGGGGAUCCAGGCGAGAAGGGAGAGCUGGGCGGCCGCGGCAUCAGGGGCCCCCAGGGAGACAUUGGCCCCAAAGGGGAGAAUGGUCUGCCUGGCAUUGAUGGCAAGGACGGCACGCCAGGCAUCCCGGGUGUGAAGGGCACUGCAGGACAGCCUGGCCGCCCGGGGCCCCCGGGACAUCGUGGACAAGCUGGCUUGCCGGGCCAGCCGGGAAGUAAAGGUGGCCCAGGGGACAAGGGUGAGGUGGGAGCUCGGGGGCAGCAAGGCAUCACUGGAGCCCCGGGGCUGAUGGGUGAGCCCGGCCCCCGGGGUGAGCAGGGACCUCAGGGCGUCCCUGGGCUGAAGGGUGACCGGGGGGAACGCGGCCCCGUUGGAGCCCCCGGUGAGCAGGGCAGAGCGGGGCCCAAAGGUGAACAGGGCCCCCCAGGGAUCCCAGGACCCCAAGGCUUGCCAGGAGUCAAAGGAGACAAGGGCUCCCCAGGGAAGACCGGCCCCAAAGGCAGCAUUGGAGACCCUGGUGUCCACGGCCUCGCAGGGGUGAAGGGUGAGAAGGGUGAAUCGGGUGAGCCAGGACCAAAGGGACAGCAAGGCAUUCAGGGUGAGCUCGGCUUCCCUGGGCCCUCGGGGGAUGCGGGCUCACCCGGUGUGAGGGGCUACCCAGGUCCCCCCGGCCCACGGGGGCUGCUGGGGGAGCGUGGUGUGCCAGGGAUGCCGGGGCAGCGCGGCGUUGCAGGACGGGAUGCCGGUGACCAGCACAUCAUUGACGUGGUGCUGAAGAUGAUGCAAGAGCAGCUGGCGGAAGUGGCUGUCAGCGCCAAGAGAGCAGCCCUGGGGGGAGUCGGUGCCAUGGGCCCCCCCGGACCCCCAGGGCCUCCAGGACCACCUGGGGAGCAAGGUCCCCACGGACCCAUGGGAGCUCGAGGCGUUCCUGGCCUCCUGGGUGCCGCCGGGCAGAUCGGCAACAUCGGACCCAAAGGGAAGCGCGGGGAGAAGGGUGAGAGGGGAGACACCGGCCGUGGGCACCCGGGGAUGCCGGGUCCACCAGGGAUCCCAGGUCUCCCCGGCAUCCCCGGCCACGCACUGGAUGGCAAGGAUGGGGAGCGGGGCCCACCCGGCGUCCCAGGAGAUGCUGGGCGCCCGGGGUCCCCCGGCCCUGCAGGGCUGCCGGGUUUCUGUGAUCCAGCCGCCUGCCUGGGGGCUUCUGCCUACGCCUCGGCACGGCUGACGGAGCCAGGCGCUGUCAAAGGACCGCUGUACUGACCGUACAGCCAGCAAACACUGCGAACCCGUGGGAAGGCACCUCCACGACACACAGGAGGGACCCACGGCACAGCGGCGUGGGGUAGGACAGAGGGACCUCCAUCCCCUCCCCGUGCCCGUCCCACAGAAAUAAAGCGGCUCUGAUCCAACCCCUCUGGCGGUGCUCCGUCCUUUUGGGGCCGGAGGGGCUGUCGCUGAUUUCCUGCUCCUGUUUUAUUUUUAUUUUUAUUUUUAAAUGACGACAAACUGGUGGUUGGACUAUUUAAGAUGUGCCGGCGCUUUGUUGGCUGCUGGGCGCUCGCACAGAUGUAAAUCUUUGUAAAAUAGGAUUUGUUUUUAUGAACCACACCUCGAAAAUCACCAACUCUUAAAAAAUGAAACCAACACAGACAAUAAACCUGAGAUGGAUCGUUACCCAACAGAA